CAACCAGCCAAUCAUCACGCCUGAACUUCCUCGCCCCCGACGCCUUAGCGACCCGACAACAAGAAGCACAUCUACAACGGAUACAUGGCCACUAGCCACCAGCAGUUAUGGCGGGCGCUACUUUCCUAUCACUGCCGAACGAGCUCGUUACAAUGAUUGCCCACUACUGUGCAGACGCCUAUCCUCUCUGUCUCGUAAACCAGAGAAUACUCCCGUUCGCUCAGCAGGGUUUGUACCACACCAUCAACCUUCCGCACACGCAUUACAAUCAACUGGUACUUCUCGUCCGAACAUUGGUUGAAACCCCACAUCUGCGUCGCUUGAUCCGCGAAGUCGACAUUUCAUUAGGCCCGGACGCUUACUACGACCCAAGCACGAUGGAAACGCCGACAAAUCUUACCAAUUGGCCCAGAUUUAUACUCGAUGAAAGCAAGCUCUCGGACACUGAUCGUCAUAUCCUGCUACUAUACAGACCGUACGCGACGUUUUCUCGAACAAAUCCGCCACUUGCUGUGGGGUUGCUGAUGCAAGUCAUCCACCUCACUUCCCAUCGACUUCAACUAAUUGGAUUGCGGUCAAUGCUGUUGGUUGCCAUUUCAGCGUUCUCCGUCAUGAAGCAGAGGGUCUGCCCGGAACUGAAGUCGCUUUCCUUGCUCCCUAGCCCGAUCCACCCACAGCAUGACUGUAUGUUUGGCUCAGAUUUCAACUUCCUGGAACACUUCGUCGCUUAUCCAACUCUGGCGACUUUUGUAUCCUCGUACGAUCUUGGCAUAUGGGGUCUACAUGACCGUCCCGCUUAUAGAACAUCUCUUCCCACGAAGCAACUCAUACUUCGGCGUACGGGGAUGAAAUCUGCAACUCUCGGCAGGGCCCUAAGGCGGUUCACAAACCUCACGCAUCUCUUCGUCGACUUUGAUCCGAGUCCGCUCCGAAUUCAAAUUUUGAUUGGCCAUAACUUAGGAACAAUUUUGGAGUUGGGCGCCGCGCUUACGAAAAGUUGUCCAUGCAUUGAGCAUCUGACCUUGAAGGUUUGUGAGCAGGGGAAUUUGAAGUUCUUUGGCGAGAACCCUACCCUAGAGAUUCGCUCUCUAAUAAAUAGCACGUUGGAGCUGUCCGGCCUGAAGGUAUUCCGUAGCAGAAUUGCGAUGUACUAUUCGCUCCUCGAGACACUGGAUGAACGCGCUACGUUGGUCAAAAAUUGGCUGCCUCGGCAAGCGGAAACGCUUUUGUUGGAUACCACGGACACCGAGGAGGAUGUGAUGGGCGUACCUUACUUUCAAGGUGUGAAAUCUCUCAUCCUAUCUCUCUGCCAAGCACAUCAUGAGGACCAACUUAGCUUCCGAACCAUGGUUAUCGCCGUCGGCGCUGGAGGCAACAUUGACUGGAAAGAAGUAGUUAAAGAGGCCAGAGAGUAUGGAGCCGGAACUGACUUCCGACUGAUGGUCGUCUUCUUUCCUGCGAUGGGUCAGGCUUUCUGGGACGACACUUGGAGACAAGGGAUGGAUAUUCCAGCUUCGCUCUCAGCAGGAGACCAGCGUGGGAAUGCGAUUGUUGAUUCUGGAUGAUGAAUGGGAGGUCUCUGGUAAGGAACAGUGGGCGUGGGUUUAUGGCAUUAUCUUCAGCAGAGAAAGGUUGGGUUGAUCACUUGUGUAAGAAGCAUCCAGAUAGCGCAAAUGAUGCAUUCUGAUUCAUUGAGAUAUCCCAAUCGCCUCUUGUGUCUGAUGAACGUCAUCGCUCCAUUUGCGGCAGAAUAGAUGCCACUCACACGUCGUGCCGCAGCUGCUCUAAGUGGUGUCUGAUCUCGAGAAGAGACGCGACCCCACCAUCGUCUGGCGGACUUGCGUGACAAUCCCAUGCAGCCUUCUUUACAUGUUUGCGGGAUGACUUGGCCGAGCGGCGCAUCCUGGCUUGAUGGGAUGAUUUUGGUCCUCUGAGAGAUUUUACAAUAAGGCAAGCGAACUUGAU